AUGGAAGCACUGGACUCUGAGAGAAGGAAUUGUGACCACAAGGUAAGCAACAAGGGUUCAGGAGCGGAAGUUAUAUUUAUAGGCGAGUUUUAUUCGAGGUCAGCAGAAGUUUGACUUGAGUGAGGAGGUGGAUGCUCAGUGCAGUGAGCGUAUCAAGCAAGUUGUUAUGCUUGAGCAUCUGGAGAGUAUUUUGAUUUAGACUCUUUUGCAUGUGUCUCUUCUUGUAAUUCAGAGAUGCAAAUGGCUAUUGAAGAUGUGAAGUUGGGAGGGAUUCCGGUUUGUAGAGGUUUUGACUAUUUUGUCAACCCAUUGAGCACAAGUACUACCGAAUUAGGGACGAUCGAGCAUCCUUACAAAGAGUUGAAUUCUGUAUUUGUUGAACUCUUUCAUUUUCAUUCUCAUUCUGACAGACAAAUUACUAUCCAUCUUUAUCAAGAUACUACAAAUUAUGUGAAAGAAGGAACUUAUUUGCUCAAUAUCACCAACGUCAAAAUCAUAUCAUACUCCUUAGAAGAGCUUCAAACAAGGAAGGCAAAAAUAGUUGCCAUUGAAAGUGAAAGUGCCAAUUCUCCACAGCUGCUACCAUCUCAGUUUAUCUUACUUAGUUCAGCAGCUAUUGAUUACUCCUCUUCAAUCUCUUCAGACUCUAAAAUUUCAAGUGAAGACAAAGCACUUCUGACCAGCUCUGGCAACUCUAUUCUGUAUCUCUACAAUAGUGGAAUUACUCUUGAGAAUGUCUAUAUGACAACUGAAUAUGCAAGCCUCUCUGUAGAUAAAGUUUUCAUCUCUCCAGUCCAGAUGGGCUCAAAGCUCUUACAGAUUAGGAAUUCCAAAGUUAUGCACGAAGGGAGGUUCCUGGUAACACAACAGCAAAUGUCAUUGGAAGUAAUUGGCUCUGAGUUGGAUUUACAUAAGUCCCAAGGAGGAUUUUAUUUGCAGCUAUCUUGUGUCCAAGGCCAACCAGCAUUAGGUAUUAUGACUAAAGUUGAGAAUACAAAGUUUUACUUCUCACAAGAUCCUUCUGACAUGAUUACAACUAAUUUUCCACCCUUUGUGCAGUAUGGAGGUCAAGAUAUUUUCUUCUCCAAUGUCACUCUGAUGUUUUACGGAGACAGUGGUUCAAAUGGAUACAACUUCUUGUUGAGACCUGACCAGACAUGAGAUACAACUGAUAUGGAACAGAGAACUGUGAAUCUCACAGAUAUUAAGAUUCAAAAUGAUCCUUCUUGGACUUAUGCACCCGAAGAUAUGCAUUUUGGUAUACAUUUAAGUGAAAGCUCAACAAGUACUCAUAAAUCAAAAUAUGUCCUCAAUAGUUUUGAAUUCUCAAAUAUUCAGGCUAAUUACUUAGAGUUGAUAAAAAUUCAAGGAAGUGGAGUUUCUCAGUGAGAACUAUCAGAUAGUUCGUUUGUGAACAUGAAAACAAAAUUUGAGUUGUUCAAGAUUUCUGGAUGACAAGAGCCAAAAAUGAUCAACAACUCUUUCAGCAAUGUCACAAUGAUGCAGAAUGGCCUGAUCUAUUAUGAAACCAUCAAUGGAGGAAUUUUCGACUCUAUCACUCUGAAUGAUGUGCACCUUCUCGGAUCAAUAAAAAUGAAUCUGAUCACUUUUAUUAACUAUGGAGCAGGCCAACUACAUAUCAAAAACUUCGACUAUCUCAAAGGAAGCAUUCACGACCAAAAGACCCUCAUCAGCCUCUCAAAUCCCACUGGAGAAACCCUACUAUCCACCGCUACCAUCACCAACGUUUCCUCCAGCUUAUCCUCCUCCUACCUAAAACUGCUCAGCUCCAAAAACUCCACCCUCUCCUCCAUCAUCUUCACGAACGCUUCUACCUCCUCAGACUCCGACACGACAAACAUCCUCCUAAACCUUAUUGAACUCUCCUCGCCCAGCACAUCCACCAUCACGUUCAACUCAGUCCAAGCUGUGAACUGCAAGACCAGUGUGAUCAGUAUCCACAAUUCCCUUCAGUCAACCCCUAUUGAUCAGUACAUCAGUAUAAAUGACCUUUUCAUCAGAGAUCUGGAUUAUCCAAAUCCUCCUUAUAUUAUUACGCAUGGAGAGAUCUUCUCGACGAAGGUAUUCAAAGUGGUCUAUAAUAGGCUAGUGAUAGAGAAUGUCUAUUAUGGCAAUAUUAUUAAUAUAGCAAGCUUCUCACAUAAGACAGAUGAGUUCUUGGAGUUUAAUGAUAGCAUACUGAGGAAUAUAUCCAAUUGUGGCCUUGCUGGAAUGUAUGGAAGUCAACAAGGUACUGGGAUCACGACGAGAAUACUGUUUAGUAAUUUGACUAUUGAAGAUAUGUACUACCACUUUUUCUCACUUUUUGGAAUUUUGACUAAUGCUGACCUCAGGAUUAUUAAUUCAAAGAUUGUCAGAACUACGAGUAUCUUUGGAGCAGCUUUAUUAUGGGGAGAUGGAACUAAUGCUAAGGUUUCAAUAUAUGAUACUCUGUUCUUCAAGAAUGGGGGGAUAAAUUCAGCAUUAUUUUAUCUUCAAAGAAGCUUAACUGUUCAUUGAACAAGGUAAAUUAUUUCUCUAAACAUCAAAUAUAACUAUCUAG